UCUAUUUUAUUGUACAGCCCACAUUGAAUUAAGCACAUUCAAGCCGAAGUACCAAAAUGUCGUCCCAAAAUCCCAGCAAUGAAACUCUUUUCAUUUCUGUUUUGAUCCUAUUUAUCCUUGUUAUCUUUUGGAAGAUGAUAUCCAAAAUAGUAGUCAAGUCUCCCCCAGGGCCGUGGAAGCUGCCUAUGAUAGGAAACUUGCAUCAGUUGGUGAGUACACUCCCACAUCGUACGCUGCGAGACUUGGCCAAGCAACACGGACCCAUCAUGCACCUGAAAAUGGGUCAGUUGGAGACCAUAAUUAUUUCAUCAGCCAAAGGAGCUCAAGAAGUGUUAAAGACUCAUGAGCUCAGUUUGAGUCAGAGGCCUCAGGUUUUGGCGGUAGAAGUCAUGUCCUAUGGUCAAUCCAGUGUCGUUUUCGCUCCUUAUGGAGAUUUCUGGAGAGAGCUUCGCAAGAUUUCCGUGUGUGAACUCUUGAGUGCCAAACGUGUGCAGUCGUUCAGGUCUAUAAGGGAAGAAGAGGUGUGGAGUCUCCUCGAAUCUGUUUCGAAUAUGAGCCCCUCAUCAUCGUUCAAUUUCAGCGAGAAGAUCUUCGCCUUGACGUAUGGGAUAGUGUCGAGGGCAGCGUUUGGGAAGAGGUGCUCGGAUCAAGUUCAGAAAGAGUUCACGUCUUUGGUUGAGGAAGCAAUAAAACUCGCUGCAGGUUUUGACGUGCCGGAUUUGUUUCCUUCACUCAAGUUUCUUGGUUACCUAACCGGAAGCAUACCGGCCAUGAGGAACAUGCGAGACAAGCUCGGAAUCAUUCUCGACGGUAUCAUCAACGAUCAUAUAGUUGUUGAUGGUCAUGAUUAUGAUAAUGAAGAUUUUGUUGACGUACUUCUAAGGCUUCAGCAGUCCAACAAACUGGGGUUCGAUUUCACAACCAGUAAGAUUAAAGAUGUCAUUAUGGACUUCUUUUCUGCGGGGAGUGAGACUUCAGCUACUACCACAGAAUGGGCAAUGUCGGAGUUGAUGAGAAACCCUGAAGUGAUGAAGAAGGCCCAAGCAGAGGUGCGCCAAUUGUUAGUGAACCGCCUUGAAGGAAAGAAAAGAAUUGAAGAAGCAGAUGUUCAAACACUGGACUACUUGAAAGCAGUGGUGAAAGAAACUCUGCGACUUCACCCUACCAUUCCUUUAAUCCCAAGAGAAGCAAGGGAGAGAUGCGAGAUCAGUGGUUACCAAGUAGCAGUUAAGACAAAAGUGAUUGUGAACGAGUGGGCAAUGGGAAGAGAUGCAGAGAAUUGGGUUGACCCCGAGUCGUUUAAGCCAGAGAGGUUCCUCCAUAUCCAUGGUGAUAAAGUUAGUUCCAACAAUAUCGACUUCAAAGGGAGCAACUUUGAGUUCAUUCCAUUUGGGGCAGGUAGGAGAAUAUGUCCGGGCAUAUCAUUUGCCACUGCAAUGAUUGAGCUUGCUCUUGCUCAGUUGCUCUAUCAUUUUGAUUGGAAACUCCCCAGUGGAAUCAAACCGGAUGAGCUUGACAUGUCGGAGACUUUCGGAGUAACCUGUAGGAGAAAAAAUGAUCUGUACUUGAUUGCGACCCCUCAUUGAUCAUUAUCACCAGUAUAUAUGUAUACAAAUUAUGUCUAUUUUCUCAUCAUAUAUAAGACAUCGAUCAUAUAAUUGAAGAAAACUAGACACAAA